AUGGCAACAGCAUACCACCGCCAAACUAGCGGGCAAGUAGAAGUAUCCAACUGGGACUUAAAGCGAAUCUUGGAGAAGACUGUUUCUCAGAACCAAAGAGACUGGGCAGAACAUCUCGACGAUGCCCUCUGGGCCUAUAGAACAGCUUACAAGACUCCUAUUGGCAUCACUCCGUAUAGGCUAGUCUAUGGAAAAGCUUGUCAUCUACCUGUUGAGCUUGAGCAUAAAGCUUAUUGGGCUAUUAAGUUCCUAAAUCUCGACUCUUCUCUUGCAGGUUGCAAGAGGAAGCUCCAACUGAAUGAACUUGAUGAGUGGCUGAAAUUAUUUCCUGGGAAGCUAAGAUCACGUUGGUCGGGUCCUUACAUGGUUACUCAAGUCUUCCAACAUGGAGCGGUUGAGGUAACCCACCCGGAAAAUGGCACUUUUAAGGUCAAUGGACAACGAUUAAAAUUUUGCUUCAAUAACAACACUACAAAGGAAACCGGAGGUGGUUUCAAACUCUUUGAGCCACCGUGA